GGAGGAUGUACGGCGCUUGCCGUACUGCCACUCGCUGGGGGCCUAAAAUGCCCGGGUGCUCUGCUGUUGGGGCAUUCGGCGCCGCUGGGGCCUAUGCUGCAGCAGAGCUGGCUGGCCACGCUGCUGCCGCUGCUGAGCCUCUUUCUGUCGGAGACUCCCCUGCAGCGCACGUUAAGCCUCGUGGAGCGGGUGGUGGAGGCGGGCAGUCUGAGCGGGCUGGCGUUCGCAGUGGUCUCGGAGCUGGGAGAUGUGUUCGAGUGGUGCCACCGAGAGGAGGUGGAAGCGCGGCUGGUGAUGCUGGGGGCAGAGGGCGACACUGCCACGGUGUAUAGCAAGGCGUGUCCCCCCUCUUCUGCUACUGCUGCUGCCGCUGCUGGCCCCAGCUUUAUUGAGGAACGCAACUCGGCUCGCUCUGGGGCCUCCAUGUCCCUCUUGACUGCGCGGAGCGGUGCGGUGUCCCUGCCCGACGAGAGCCCUCUGGUGGUGGGAACACACAUGUCGCUGGACAACACACUCACCAAGCGCUGUCUGUCGGGCCGGCAGAGGCUGCUGUUCGUGGCAGAUGUGAUGCAGGCACUCAAGCUGUACGGCGAGCCCUGGAAGGACAUUUUCUUUGACAACGCUGCCGUGGUGACGCCCUGCUGGGUGCUGGCGGCACCGCUGGUGCAGGAGGGCAGGAAGCUGGGAGCCGUGAUCUGGCUCUCCUCCACCAGGGUUAACUCCGACGUCCUCAUGCGCACCGCCUCCAUCUGCGCCUCGCCCAUCAUCCACGCAAUCACUCGUGCAGCCGCACUGCACCGCCUCGGCACCACCGGCCUCAGCGCUGCAGGCGGCGGCGGCGGUGGCGGCCUUCCUUCCGCCAGCAGCGGCCUCCUGGCCCGGCUGCCCAGCGCUGCCGGGCAGGGGCUGCAUAGCGGCGGCGGUGGCUUGGGCCGGGGGCUGAGUCUGGGUAUGGGCGGUGAGGCGAACGGCAUGGGGGCAGCAGCAACAGCAGGAG